UGAAAAAAAUUGCACUGACGUCCAUUCUAUUAUGGUCUGUCGGGAAUUCAGAGUGACUGCCUGGGACUGGAGAAAAAUAUCUGCUCUGCUAGCGUAAGCGUACACCAAGCUAACUGUAGGUAGCACUGGAGUAAACAUGGAGCUGUCUGCCGUCGGGGAGAGGGUGUUCGCCGCCGAGUCUAUCAUCAAACGGAGGAUAAGGAAGGGUCGGAUUGAAUACCUUGUGAAAUGGAAGGGCUGGUCUCCCAAAUACAGCACCUGGGAACCAGAGGAGAAUAUUUUGGACUCCCGCCUAUUUGUCGCUUUUGAGCAGAGAGAGCGUGAAAGGGAGCUCUACGGGCCCAAAAAGAGAGGACCAAAACCCAAGACAUUUCUGCUUAAGGCUCAGGUUAAAGCCAAAUCCUAUGAGUUCAGGGGUGAUGCAGUCCAAGGGAUGCACAUCACCUACCCCACCCCCGAGCCUGUAGUCACCCCCAGGGCCAGAGAGGGCCUUAGAGCCGUUGUUCCCACCAUCUUCCCACCCAGUACUGUAAACCGGGGAGAAAGCGUACGUGUCCGACCGCCAGAACUGAGCACUCGUGAAUACCAGCGGCCUUCCCUUCAGCAUAUUCGUCCAGACGGACUCAUCCACAUACCUAAAAAAAGAGGGCCGAAGCCUAAGCCCCGCUUCAAGGACAGCAGCUACAGCCCUGUGGUCUCUGAACCCCCCAAGAGGAGAGCAGAGGAGCAGGUGAGCCACAGCCAUCACAAACUGGCCAAGCUCCAGGGCGGGGAAGAGAUGAGGCUGAUCAAAGUGUCCCACAGACAUCCAGAGAGCCACGGUCACAAACACCACCACCACCACCUCACACACAACCGGGGAAUCUCCUACAAGCAGCUGUACUCUGAGCGAAGCCUGCAUCCACACAGAACAGACCCAGACACACACAGGACUAAGGACAGCUCCACCUACUUGGCACCUGUGCACUUCAAGCACCAGUCCAAAAUAAACCAGGGCUUGAGUCGCCCCGCUGAGCUACCCCAGAUGGAAAAGCCUUACUUCUUGGACAGGCCGUCCCCGACCAGGCUCGACGUCGACUUGGGCGAAGUGACGUGGAGGCCCUCUAUCGGCAACGUGGAAAAGGUCUUAGUGACGGACGUGACCACGAACUUCCUGACCGUCACCAUCAAGGAGAGCAGCACCUCAAAAGGCUUCUUCAAGGACAAAAGAUGAUUGCUUAACUGAUUUCUUCAUGCCACACUUUUUCUCUGACAGAAUCAUUCUGAAGCUUAUAGUGUGAUUUAUUAAGCAAAGCUCUUUUUUGUAUGUAAUGUAUAAAAGCAAAUUACAUAAUUUGCAUACUGUAUGUGUAUAUAUUAUAAAGUCAGCCAUCUGUUUUAAUGUAUUGACCAAAUCAAAUGAAGUCCAUUUCACACCUUGCAUUGGUUAACAUGAACACGUUGGUUACUUUUUUGUACAGAGCUCCUAAAUAUAACUAUUUUGCAGUUGUUACUAACUAGAAUGUAUUUUUUUCACUCUCACAUCUUCCAGCCUGAGCUCAUGCUAGCAAAUUGUGGGAAUUAAAUUCAGUCUAUGGAUUGGAUAUCUCUAUAAUUUGAAUUGAUUAGACCGACUAUACCCUGUUCCCAAUACAAUAGGGUUGAUAUUUAAAAAAAAAAAAAAAUGUACUCAAGCACUUUGAACUCAAAAUGUACUAAGAAAAAAUCCGUUUGUGUUGUAUUCAAAGACCGAGUCGGUCUGUUUUUUUGUUUUUUAUGUCUAACAUUUCUAAUAAGUUAAUAAAUUCAAAACACAAAAGCUCUUGAGUUUUCCCGAGGUGUUUAACGACAUAUUUCCUUUAACGUGGUAUGUUUUACAUGUUCAUAGAAAAUGUUCACAAAGCUUUAAUGUAAGAAAAGAAUUACAGAGUUGGUAUUAAUUAGCUUUUUAGACGCUUUCUAAUAAAUCCUUUGACUCUUC